AUGGAGAACGGAGAAGAGUAUGAAUAUGAAAUACCAAUAGGAUAUAGAUUUUGUCCAACUGAUGAAGAACUCAUUACUUAUUACUUGCUCACAAGAAUCUUGAAUCAUUCACUCCCCUCCAAUGACUAUGUCAAAGAAGUAGAUAUAUAUAAGCACACUCCUGACGAACUUCAAGAGAAAUAUGGCACGCGCAGAGAAGUUGAGAUGUAUUUUCUCACCAAAAGAACGCCCAUAAGUGCAACCGCAACUCGCCCCAGCCGUACCGUAGCUAAGGGUGGAUAUUGGAGAGCGAGUACUCAAAAGAAGCCCGUAAAUGAUUCAAAUGGAAAAACAAUUGGAUAUAAGACAUUGUUCAACUACUUUCUUGCUAAAGGCAACAUGUCGACUUGGCUUAUGUACGAAUAUAUCCCUCAAUCCGGUUCCGCAAAGGUGGAUGAAUUUGUACUGUGCAAGAUCUACAAUAAAAGAAGUGAACAGAAGCACACAAAUGCUGCUCGAAGGGAACAGCCUCGCCGUAACAUGAUGCAGCCACAAGCACCAAUUACUUAUCAAGUCGAUGACGUCGUACUUGCUGAACCGAACGUUGCGCCACAAGCACAGCCAACUUUUCAAGUCGAUGAUUAUGUCCAAAGCGUGCAGCCUCAAACACUUACUCAUGAAUAUUCUCUCAAUAAUAUUGAGUGCUUCACAAUGGAAGAACUUUGUCGAAUGGCCGGGAUUGUUUCCUCAGAGGAGCCUAAUUAUGUAUGUGAUUAUCAACCUCCGGUUCCGCAACAACCUGCUUGUGACAUUCCAACUCAUGACGAUCUACAAUUUAGUCGACAAUACAUGGAGGCACAACAACAAGAACCUUCUUCUAUUAUUCUUAGCGAUGUUGAUGUCGAAUUUGCACAAGAAUUGGAGGCACAACUACAAGAACCUUCUUCUGAAACUCUUAGUGAUCUUCAUGUUGAAUUUGAACAAGUAUUGGAGGCGUGGACUCUUAAAGUUGCAAAACAAUUUGAGUCACAAUGGCAAGAACCUGCUUAUGAUUUCUCACAUGAUGCUGAUCUUCAUCGUCACAAAAUUAGAAGAUUAGCGUCAGCAUGA